AUAUACAAACACACAACCCCUUAGUGCUGCCUUGAGGCCUUUGAGUUAGAUAUAGCUGCUCGCUCAUGGAAACAAGUAGCAGAUCAGGCUACAACAUGAGAGUUUGCGUUUUACUUCUCUAUAUAACUAUUGCAGCCAUUUUCUUCACUCAUUGUGAUGCAAGAAGAUCAGUGCAACUAUCCAAACGUCCAAGACAUCUCAGAAGUUUAGUCAUCAAAACCACAAAGAAGUUGAAAGUUAGAAAGAACUUGGGCAUUGAAACCUACAGUACUCCAAGUUCACCAUUUUCUUUGCCUCCAUUUGAGUCAUUGGGUCCAAUGCCCAUGCCUGAAAAUGCUCCUCCCUAUUGUCUUUAUCCACCCACUACCACUACAACCCCACUACCUCCUUCUACAGCCAUUCCACCUCCCUUAGGAUAUACACCCUCAUCACCAUUCUAUCUCCCUCCAGCUCUUCCAAUCCAAAGCCCACCUCCAAGCCCAACCAUCAUCAUUCCAGGCCCACCUACCAUUCUACCUGGCCCACCAGAAGCUGAGCCUAGUCCCUUUAUAUAUAUUCCAAGCCCACCUGGGUCUACAUUGAGCCCGCCUUACUAUGAGCCCAGCCCACCAAGUUACGUCCCCCCGAGCCCACCUUCGUAUGUUCCUUCUCCUACAGGGUUUGUUCCAAGCCCACCAAGUUACGUCCUGAGCCCACCUUCGUAUGUUCCAUCCCCCACUGGGUUUGUUCCAAGCCCACCAGUGUUUGAACCACCGGUGGUGUUUCCGCCACCGACUGUGCCACCGCCUCCGAACAAGGCCCCAAACACUGCCCUUUGGUGUGUGGCCAAGCCAUCAGUGCCUGACCCAAUCAUUCAAGAAGCAAUGGACUAUGCUUGUUGGUCUGGAGCUGAUUGCUCUUCAAUUCUGCCCACUGGGUCAUGCUUUCAGCCCAACACUUUGUUUGCGCACGCUUCAUUCGCUUUCAAUAGCUACUGGCAGAGGACUAGGGUGGCUGGUGGCACGUGCGAGUUCGGAGGGACAGCCAUUCUAGUCACUGUUGAUCCAAGCUACGAUGGAUGCCACUUUGACUACUACUAGUUUCAAGAUAGAAGAGACGGCAGGAAGACAAAUGUGUCCUCAAUCGUUGUUGUUGUUGUUGUUGUUUUUUUUUUUUUUUUUUUUUUUUUUUUUCAGUUUAUACCAUUUUUUUUUUUUUUUCACAAUAAUUAGUAUGUUAUGCAUAUUACAAUCUCAAAGGAAACUAACUCAACAUAAAUUUUGUAACUACUCUCAAGUUAUAAGAUAUUUAUAGAA